GCUCUAUACAACUUUACACCUGAAUGAACGCCAAACCUCACUGGAUAUAUAAAGGGAACCUUGAAGAGGAAUUUCACAGUUACAGUGCAGAAGCAGAGGGAAAGGAAUUAACCAGCUCUCCAGCCAAGCGAAUCCUCUCCUCACCAUGCUUCCUCCUGCCAUUCAUUUCUAUCUCAUUCCCUUUGCAUGCAUCCUAAUGAAAAGCUGUUUGGCUUUUAAAAAUGAUGCCACAGAAAUCCUUUAUUCACAUGUGGUUAAACCUGUUCCAGCACACCCCAGCAGCAACAGCACGAUGAAUCAAGCCAGAAAUGGAGGCAGGCAUUUCAGUAACACUGGACUGGAUCGGAACAGUCGAGUUCAAGUGGGUUGCCGGGAGCUGCGUUCCACCAAAUACAUCUCCGAUGGCCAGUGCACCAGCAUCAGCCCCCUGAAAGAGCUGGUGUGUGCUGGUGAGUGCUUGCCCCUGCCGGUGCUGCCCAACUGGAUAGGGGGAGGCUAUGGAACCAAGUACUGGAGCAGGAGGAGCUCCCAGGAAUGGAGGUGUGUCAAUGACAAAACACGUACCCAGAGAAUCCAGCUUCAGUGCCAAGAUGGCAGCACGCGCACCUACAAAAUCACAGUGGUCACCGCCUGCAAGUGCAAGAGGUACACUCGGCAGCACAAUGAGUCCAGUCAUAACUUUGAGAGCAUGUCGCCUGCCAAGCCAGCCCAGCAUCACAGAGAGCGGAAAAGAGCCAGCAAAUCCAGCAAGCACAGCCUGAGUUAGAACUCAGACUCUCGACACCAGACUGGCUAGUAACCAUCUGCUUUACAGAUCUGAUUGCUUGGAAGACUCAAGCCUGCCAUUGCUAUUUUCUUACUUGAAAAUAGAUGCUUUGUGCUUUGAUCAAACCCAUCAAGCUGUCCUAAGUAUCAGGACCUUCUCUGGGAAUAGCUUUUCUUUUUCAAGUUUUUCAAGAUGUAUGCAUAUCCUUGAGUGCAAUUUGCAUUUAAAUUCCAUGCAACCUGUAGUUUUAAUUCCCCAUGGUUCUCGAAAGACUGGUGAUACUAUAUACAUCACUGAAUCAUUACUUUUUAAAGCAGAAAAGGGCUCCUUGGUUAUCCUCCACUCCCCAGCCCAUCCCCCACCCCACACCAUCCCCAGCAAAACCCUUUCAUAAUUAAAGAGUUAAAAAAAAAUGUUGCCAUGAAUCUUCACAGUAACACUUCAGAAAGGUGCUUUUUUUUUUUUUUUUUUUUUUGGUAAUUUUCAUGGGAAGUUUAGCAGCCAUGAGUGAUCUCCUUUGAAAGAGUGAAAGAUAUUGUGACAUUUCACUUCAAAAAUAAGCCCUGUAGCUUUUUACAGUCUCAUAGUAUGAAAUUAUACCCUGCAUGCUGACCCUUGCUUACAAUGGAAUGCCAGAAAUGCAUGGCAGCAGCUAAUAAGUAAAACUGAUGAACUAUUUAUUUGUCAAUGUUAUUAUUUAAUGAGCUUUCACAUGUGAUUUUUUUCAAACUGUUAAUUUUUUAUGUUUUGAAGCUUUUCCAUGUACCUAAAUAUUUUCCUGUAUGAUUUGUGGUUGAUCUAGAAAUAUGAGAAUACAUGUAGAUAUGUAAAAUAAAUAUUUUAGUCUCCUUUUUACAUAUAUGUUUUAUCAUGAACUUUAUCAAUAGUAUGGAUCCUUUUAAAUCAAUAAGAUGCUUUGUAAAACUGAAAUAUGUAAUACCUUUUUGUUUAAUCUGUGCAAUCCGAAGGUGAUUUAACCUUCAAUUCCAUCAGUUUCUUUUAACGAAAAUAAACACUGCUAAAAGUU